AUGGACAAUCUUUACAUGAAGGGUGAAUUACUACAAGUUCACACAAAAAAUUUAGAAGUUGUUGAGGGUCGUUUUUACGAAAUGAAUUUGGAUAAGUCUAAAAUAUCUCUCUACAAUGUAAAAGAAUUACCGCAAAGCGACCCCACUGAAGGUAUCUGUCAUUAUUAUAAUUCAGAAAUAAGAGAUAUUAUCAAGCUACAAGAAACUGAUGAGCAGAAACAUUUAAAGAUAUCACAGAAAGAAUGUGAAGAUAUUAUUAAAAUUUCGAAGAAAUACAUAUAUAUAAAUCAAGUGGAUAGAGCUUUCCAUGAUGCAAUUGAUGACUUGAAUCAAUAUAAUUAUAUUGCUCUCAGUACAGACUGUGCAAACAUGGGUAGAAAGUGGCAAAUGCCUUUUGUAGUGAUGGCUACACCACAACAGAUCUAUAUAUUUGAUACAAAAGUAAUGCAAUAUCAUGCAUUUGAUGCUGGCCUAAAGAAACUUUUAGAAAGUGAUUCACCAAAAAAGAUUGUCCAUGACUGUCGUAAGAUAUCUGAUUGUUUAUAUCAUAAGCAUAAUAUUAAGUUAAAGUCAGUAUUUGAUACUCAGGUGGGAGACCUAAUCAUCACAAAAAAUAAAAAAGGUUGUUUGCCAAAUAAAGUCAGAACUCUGUCAGAAUGUUUGAAUGUUUACCUUGGACUACAAAUGAACACAGUUCAGGAAAAAUUGGACAUAGUCGAGUGCACUGAGCGUCCAUUAGCUGUAAAGAUAAAGGAAACCCUUGCAAAAAAUAUAUCAUAUCUACAUCGCCUAUCCGAAAUAAUCAAUGAUGAAAUGGCAUUGCCUUUUUUAAGGGGAGUAGAAUAUUAUGUAGAAAAUCUAAGGUCUUGUGAUGACUUCAAGGCCUGGGAACUUUGUGGAAAAGAUCAACAACUACCAAAGGAUUUCAAAAGUGCAAUCGAAUAUUAAAUUUAUUUAUAAGACAUUCCACAAUAAAACGUAGAUAUAGGAA